CCAUGGCGCAGUACAAGGGCACCAUGCACGAGGCCGGCCGGGCCAUGCACCUGAUCAAGAAGCGCGAGAAGCAGAAGGAGCAGAUGCAGGUGCUGCGGCGGCGCAUCGCCGAGGAGACCCUCCUGAAGUCGAAGGUGGACAAGAAGUUCUCGGCUCACUACGACGCCGUGGAGGCCGAGCUGAAGUCGAGCACGGUGGGCCUGCUGACCCUGAACGACAUGAAGGCCAAGCAGGAGGCCGUGCUGCGCGAGCGCGCGAGGCGGCGGGCCAGGAGGGAGCAGCUGGAGGAGCGCCGGCUGCGGCUGCAGAGGCUGCGCGACGAGGAGCGCCGGCGCGAGCGGAAGCGCAAGAUCUCGCGUCUGUCCUUCUCGCUGGACGACAACGACGACCAGGGUGGCGAGGCCGGGGCCGGCAAGAGCCAGAGAAACCUGGGCAAGAAUCCCGACGUGGACACCAGCUUCCUGCCGGACCGCGCCCGGGAGGAGGCGGAGAACCGGCUCCGGGAGGAGCUGCGCGGGCAGUGGGAGGCCAGGCGCGAGAAGGUGAAGGCCGAGGAGGUGGAGGUCACCUUCAGCUACUGGGACGGCUCGGGCCACCGCCGCACGGCGCGCAUGACCAAGGGCAGCACGGUGCAGCAGUUCCUGAGGACCGCGCUGCAGGGGCUGCGCAAGGACGUCCCCGAGCUGCGCUCGGCCGGCGUGGAGCAGCUCAUGUUCGUCAAAGAGGACCUCAUCCUGCCGCACUACCACACCUUCUACGACUUCAUCGUCGCCAGGGCCAGGGGCAAGAGCGGGCCGCUGUUCAGCUUCGACGUGCACGACGACGUGCGGCUGCUCAGCGACGCCACCAUGGAGAAGGACGAGUCGCACGCGGGCAAGGUGGUGCUGAGGAGCUGGUACGAGAAGAACAAGCACAUCUUCCCCGCCAGCCGCUGGGAGCCCUACGACCCCGAGAAGAAGUGGGACAAGUACACCAUCCGGUGACGCCCGC